AUGGGAUCAGCUGGGCUGAGCUUCCUCGAGAAGAAAGUGCAGGGGUGGAGUUUUGGUGGCGUACCCAAGCGCUGUGAUAGCACGUCACCCACCCCAGCCUCGGACGCGUCCACCUCCACUAUGAAUGCUAGAGAGGGGUCCAGAUGUGCCAACACGGUGGCAUCCGUGAACAGCACCUUCAACCUGUUGAAAGCUCCGUCCGCCUCUGCUGACCACCGCAACCGCACCGGGCCCCCCUUCAGCAGUGAGGUUGGUUGUUGUUGGAGACCAAUUCCAUGGAUUGUGUUUGUUAUUGUAUCUGGUAGGAACACAACUAAUGAGGAACUAGAGAGCAUGCUGGAGAGUGACAAUCCUGCCAUCUUCACAUCAGAGAUCAUCAUGGACUCCAACAUCACCCAGCAGGCCAUGAAUGACAUUGAGACGAGACACACUGAGAUCAUCAAGCUGGAGAACAGCAUCAGAGAACUGCAUGACAUGUUUAUGGAUAUGGCCAUGCUGGUGGAGAGCCAGGGGGAGAUAAUAGAUCGUACAGAGUACAACGUGGAGCACUCAGUGGACUAUGUAGAGAGGGCCGUGUCUGACACCAAGAAGGCAGUAAAGUCCCAGAGUAAAGCAAGGAGGAAGAAAAUAAUGAUUAUUAUAUGUUGUGUGGUGCUUGGUAUUGUUAUUGCCUCCAGUGUAGGUGGUAUUUUAGCAUAG